AUGCUCUCCAGUGCUAGACGUUUGUCUGUCGAGACCUUCACAAAAAACGGCUAUCAGAAAGAAUUUGAUUAUAAUACGCAGGAUCUGUCAACGUCACUCACUGAGAGUAUUUGUUUGUUAAAGGUGGACAGUGGCGGCGGUGGCUCGGCCGAAGUAAUGGUGUACUCUCUCGGCUGGGGCAUGGGGGAGCCGGAACGGCGAGGGGCUGAACGAAAGCGGGCCCAGCCGGCGCAUACGCUUUCUCCUGAUGAAGGCCACGAGGUGGAUGUACUGCCUCUACACAAUCAGGUGGGCGGGCAUACGCGUCUGUUGGUGCUAAACGACAGUACGGUCAUCAAGCCUCUGAACAUACGUGAACUGCAUUUUUACCAGAACAUUCCUGAGGAUAUACAGAACUUCGUACCAAGAUACAAAGGCGUGAUGCAGGCGUCGCACACCGGCGGCACCAAGCUGGACAAGCGCUACUCGCCGUGUUUCCGCGACGAGAACGGCCGCAAGCAGUCCCUGGGCGGGAAGCGCAAGCGCGACGACGUUUUCAAAUUCAAAGUGCACCGGAACGGGAACGCCUCCGAGGUGUUGAAGAGCAUAGCGCACAUGGACAAUUCGAAUAAGCAAUACUUCCUCAUGAUGGAGAACAUAACUUCUUCAUAUCGGAAGCCGUGCGUGCUCGAUCUGAAGAUGGGCACCAGACAACAUGGAGACGACGCCAGCGCUGAGAAGAGAACCAAACAAAUAGCAAAGUGCGCCGCCUCCACCUCCGCCACGCUGGGGGUCAGACUCUGUGGCAUGCAGGUGUAUGUGGAUGAAACAGGCGCAUGCGUCAGGAGGGAUAAGUACUGGGGUCGGGCUCUGUCCGAGGGUGGUCUGCGUGAGGCUCUUCGGGAUUUCUUCGCGGCGGGGGGAGGGGGAGGGCUCCGGGCGACCGUCGUCCGCAGAGUACUGAGAGACCUAGAUGCUCUACGGCGGGCCAUCGCCAAACAGACCAGCUACCGCUUCUACUCGUGUUCCUUACUGAUAGUGUACGAGGGAGAUGUGUCCACCCCAAUAGAAGUGCCAGAGGAGGCCGUCGGCUGUGCAUCUUCGGAAUACGAGGGCGACGCGUCCGGUUCUUCGGAGUCAGCUCCCUCUCCCGGACACUUUGACAUGUCUACACUUCAUGACGAAAUUUCCAACGACGGCCGUGAGCCGUUCGUACCGCAUUCAGAAGAAACAAUGGGAGGCUACGAAGAGGGGGAGGUGAGUGGAACCACGGCGACCGGCAGAGGAAGACCGCACGCACACCCGCCCAGCCCCGACUCAGCAGACAGCUGGAUGGCGUACUCCUCCACCAGCAGUGAAUCCUGGAGACACGAGGUCGAACACGAACGGGAAGCGGAACCGGAAGCGAGCGGCAAGCGACCGCGCACUCGUCCCUCUCCCACGCCGUCCCCCGGCCCCAGCCCGCACGCCCCGCCGCCCGACGAGCGCGUCGACAUCCGCAUGAUAGACUUCGCGCACACAGCGUUCGCGGGCGCGGCGGCCGAGUCUCCGCUGGCCACGGCGACGCCCCACCACGGGCCCGACUGCGGCUUCCUCACCGGCAUAGACUCGCUGAAGCGCCUCCUGACGGAGAUCCUCCACCCGCAGCCCUACAGUUAA